GGGGAGCGGGCAGGCAGCGGCCGCCCGAGGAUGCGCAGGAGGAGGCACGGUCCGUGACGGUGGCUGAAUCACGUUUCUCCUGCCCGGCGGCUGCCGGAGCAGGAUAAAAGCCCCGCGGACACCGUGGCUGCCCAGCCGCUUGCCGCAGCCCCUCCGCAGCCGGCACCGCCAUGGGCCCGCGCCUUCGCCUCCUGGCCGCGCUGCUGCUGGCCGCCGCCGCCGCCUGCCGCGGGGUGCCGCUGGCCGGGGAGCUGCGCUGCCGCUGCCUGCGAGUCGUGAGCGAGGUCGUCCCGCCGCGGCGGCUGGCCCGCAUCGAGCUGCUCGCCGAGGGGCCGCACUGCUCCGUGCCCGAGGUCAUAGCCACGACGAAGCAUGGACAGAUGCUCUGCCUGGACCCCUCCGCACCCUGGGUCAAGCUCAUCCUCACCAGGAUCCUCAAGCAAAACCAGCGGGGACCAACCCUAACUCCAGCCCUUCUGGAGGCCAAGGUAGCUCCUGGCUGGGUGUGAAAUCAGCCUGGGUGUCCCAGGAGUAACUGCCACUGGUCUCUGGAGGGCAGGCUGCCUGGUUGUGCCACUACCACCACCAGGCAACUCUCCAGAAGACACAUCUCCUGUGGUACUCGGUGCGUGGGGCAUGGAAGAAGGAAAGAUCUCCUGAUUGGCUUUGUGACUUGCUUAAUGCCUGUUGCAGUUCACCUAAGCAGCUCUGAGGAGGAAACAUCUCCAAAUGAAGCUACUGGUGAAGAUGGAUGCUGGAAGAAGCAAACAGCCCAGCUCUCCAGUUCUGAAUGAGUUUAUGGACCAGCUGUUCUAUGAUCACUUCCCUUGAGACCCUUCCCUCCCUUCCCCUCAUAUUUAUUUCUGCCCAUUCCUAUGUAUUUAUUGACUAGGAUAGAGUGGUUGAAGCAGUUUGAUAACGCAACACGGACCUUGCCAGACACCUCUCUGCAGCUCUCACCAUCUGACUGAGAACCUCUGCAUAAACUCCUUCUCUCCAAAUAGUAUUUGCCAAUGAGUUUUUACAAACAGCAUUAAUAUCCCAAAAGAAGAUGGGGGCAUUGUGGAGACCCUUGUGCCAGUGCUUGCAGACAGCCUGACCACAGAGGUUGGAGUGGGACCACGUUGCAAUGACUGAUGCCUGCCCCUUGGCACUGGAGUGCCUGCUUAGGCUGAGAUGGGAGUGAAGGAAUCCCAGAACACCAGGCUGGAAAUGAUCCCAAGGAUCAUCUGGCCCAGCUUUCCUGGGUGAUGGUGUAAGUUGAAAUGAGAUGGUUGAAGCAAGAGCAGCAUGGUGCUGCCACACUCAACCUGCUGCCUCGUGUGCCUGAAGGAGCCCUAGGCUCAGAACAUUCUUUUUUCCACCACUGCAACUCCCUUAGCAGUUACUGUGGCAGCCCUAGGACCUGUGAGCACAAUGGAAUUACAGGGAGCUUUGCUCUUCAAGUCUCUCUCUAGUCAACAUUUAGGGCACUUUGAGAAAUUGUGAAGUUUCCUGCUGAGAUGGUUUUAGCUUCUAACAAAAUCCUAUUGGGGCUGGGUGGUUUGUUCCUUUCCAGAUGAGUUCACGUUGAAAUAUUUGGUGUUUAUACACAAGCUGUAACAGAACAGUAAAGUGUUCUGAAGAGGUGAGAUAUUUUAUGUCUGCUCGUAUGACAUACUGUCAGAAUCCAGAGGGAAAGAGAAGUUUCCCAUAUGCUGCUUUGGAAAAUCAAUAGGUGGGUUUCUCAUGAAAUGAUCAUGCAAUGAAAUAAGACUGCAAUAAAAAUACAUUUGCCUUGUGGAAAA